AUGGUACUCACCAAUAAACAAAAAGAGGAAUUAAAUGGUGCGAUUUUAGAUUAUUUCGAUUCUUCAGGAUAUAAAUUGACAUCGACAGAGUUUACCAAAGAGACAAAUAUAGAGUUGGACCCAAAACUGAAAGGAUUGCUCGAGAAGAAAUGGACUUCAGUUAUUAGACUGCAAAAGAAGGUUAUGGAUUUAGAGGCAAAGGUAUCGCAGCUGGAAGAGGAGCUCAACAAUGGUGGACGUGGACCAGCCCGUCGUGGAAAGGAAGAUGCUUUGCCACGUCAGCCCGAGAAGCAUGUACUUACAGGUCACAGAAAUUGUAUUAAUGCAGUUAGAUUUCACCCGUUGUUCUCGGUGAUUGUGUCGGCGUCGGAAGAUGCCACCAUGAGAAUCUGGGAUUUCGAUAGUGGCGACUUUGAGCGAACACUCAAGGGACACACCAACGCCGUACAGGACAUCGACUUUGACAAGAGCGGAAAUCUGCUGGCUUCUUGCUCCGCCGACCUGACGAUUAAGCUCUGGGACUUCCAGUCAUUCGAUUGUAUAAAGACACUUCAUGGACACGACCACAAUGUCAGUUGCGUAAGAUUCCUUCCGUCGGGUGAUCAGUUGGUCAGUUCGUCGCGUGACAAAUCAAUCAAGGUAUGGGAGACUGCCACCGGUUACUGCACAAAGACUCUGACAGGACACGAAGAUUGGGUGAGAAAGGUGAUCGUCAGUGAGGACGGUACCACUUUGGCGUCGUGUUCAAACGAUCAGACUGCACGUGUUUGGAAUCUUGCAAAGGGCGAGUGUCUACUGACCUUUAGAGAGCACAGCCACGUCGUAGAGUGUCUCGCAUACUCACCUGCCAACAUAGUCGAAGUUCCAGGUUCACUUUUAUCCACCCCCGAAGGAAAAGCAAAAGCAAAAGCCGGUGCAGGUGGUACUUCAUUUGGUCAAGCAGGUUAUCUAGCUACUGGUUCAAGAGAUAAAACAAUUAAAAUAUGGGAAUUGGCAACUGGUCGUUGUUUACAAACCUAUAUUGGUCACGAUAAUUGGGUCAGAUCAAUUAAAUUCCAUCCAUGUGGAAAAUAUUUAAUUAGUGUUGGAGAUGACAAAUCGAUUAGAGUUUGGGAUAUUGCACAAGGUAGAUGCAUCAAGACAAUCAACGAAGCUCAUUCACAUUUCAUAUCAUGUUUAGAUUUUUGUAGCCACAACCCACACAUUGCAACAGGAGGUGUCGAUGAUAUUAUAAAGAUAUGGAAACUUGGUUAA